UUCUACGCAGAAAGAGUAAAUAGAGAAAACACAAUCCCGCAGAAAAAAAACCAUAUGAGUGAAAAUCCCGGAAUGCUAACAAAAACAACCGGGCCAAAGUGAUAAAAAUUAAGAAUAAACAGUGCGCAAAUAAACCGGUACACCAUGUCUAUUAAUCGCGAAAACGAUAACAUCUCCCCGGGAGGUCCAAUGGUGUCUCAGCAUCCGUCGCGAUCAGCCGCCACCCACGCCAUCAACGGCGGCCACCCACCGAUGGCCAAACGUCCUCCGCUCAAACUGUCGAUACCGACUGCAAAGCAUCAAUUUCCGGUGGACACUUUCAGCCAACCGAGUACGGCUCCGGUGCAUUCGAUGUCCAAGCCAUUCGGGAUCAAUAAUGGGGUCAAAUUCAAUCGGACCCCGGAAUUUGGAGGUCCCGGAACUAGUCCGCUGGCUAAUAGUGGUAAUGGAAUGCGAUUCGGAUCGCUUUCCAAGCGAUUGGGUGAAUUUGAAGAAAUCGAAGAUGGAUUUGUGACCCUAGGAGGAUCCCCGUUGAUGGCUUCAGGAUUCGAUUCCAAUGGAUCGCUGCAAAUUGGGAGCUUGACUGCGAGUCCAGAUCACUCUCCGAUGAUCGUGCAGCUAAUGGACAGUGCCAGUGUCGGUUCACCAGGAACCGGGUCCAGUCAAGGCACCGGAAGUACCUCGUCAUUAACGCGUCUCAUGAGACUCAGCCCAGCGCAACUGCACGGCUGCUAUCAACAGCAGCACCCCUUCGAGGAGAUGUCGGACCUGGCCGAUUCAAGUGGCUCGGCCGCAACGCCGUCAGCCAUCGGGGGAUCGCCCACGCCUCCGGCACGCGGCGGCAUCGGCCACAGUCUAUUCGGUGCGGCUGGGGGUGGUAGCAAUGCAUCAUCCUCCUCAUCGUUGGCCACCGGCGGCGGCGCUUCCUCGGCGCUGGGUGUGUCCGGGUCAUCUUCUGCGAUGGCCGCCACCAACAGCAGCAGCAGCAGCAGUACGGCCCAGGAGCUCAUAAACAGCAGCAAAAGCUCUCGAGUAUCGUCCUCAUCCAGCAGCACUUCGACGUCCCGAAUGGCCAAAACGUCUUCCACCCAGCGACUGAUGUCUUCGUCCCUCACAUCCUCGUCUUCCUCGUCCACAACUUCCUCGUCAGCAGCCGCCAUCAAACAGGGCCUGGACGAAAUGCAAAGCUCCAUGGCCGAAAUGAAAAACAUGAUGAGCCACAGCAGCGCCUCCCAAAUGUCCACAUCUUCCUCCUCUACCAUGUCCUCAACGGCAUCAUCCAGCCAGCUGAAGAAGAUGGGCCUCACCUCCAACAAUUCGUCCAACUUGACCGAGCUCCAGAAGAGGCUACGCUCCUCGAUGGACAGUCUGGACGAGCCGAUGACCGAGUACCAGGUGACACACCCGGACUCGGACGGUGAAAUAGGCUCGCUGGUGUCGAUGGCACCCAACGGGAUUGCACAGCAAAACGGCCAUGCCCUGAUGAACGGAGCCGACACCGUGAAGUUCGAGCAAAAACAGAUGACUUCCGAAUCGAAACGGAAAGUUGUUACCGAUGGGUUCAGCAGUGAACAGGCUACGCUGAACUCGGCCCAGAGCAAGUCACUGCAGGCUGGCGAUGUCCAGUAUCAGGAGGAAGCAGCAUUGGCCGCGAUGAGCAACAAGAUGGAAAUCGAUGGCUUGAAGACGGAGGAAAAAGGUGCUCUGCUUAAGGUAAGUUUAGGACUUUAA